AUGCUGAGGCAGGUCUGGUUGGUGGCUCCGCCCACCGGCUCCACCUUCUCCACCUUCACCAACACCACGUCCGGCUCCUCCUCCUCCUCCUUCUUCUGCACACAGGAGAGACAGCGGACGUUAGAGCACCAACCGGCCAUUCCACCCGGGGGUCAUCCAGAAAGUCCAGCAGAGAUCAAAACACAGAUGAGGUCACUGUGGACUCUUUUUGGCCAGAUCUUGACACCGUUCAGACCCUUGCUCACAGUUGGUGCCCCUAUCAAGCUUUCCUUCUCAUUCCAUUUAAUGGUUCCACAAAGGUCAGACGUCUUAGAUCCUGAAGUUCCCAACAACAACACGAAGUCCCGUAGCAGUGGGCACAGGCGAGGCUUAGAGUGUCCUCCUACUCUACUCCUGCUCCCAGACGAGCUCUUCGGAGUAAGCUUCGGGGUGGCUUUUCUGCUGGUGCGUCUUCAGGUUCCUCAUCCAGGCGAAGCCCUUGCCGCAGGCUCCGCAGCGGUAGGGUUUCUCCCCCGUGUGGACCCGCUGGUGCUUCCGCAGGUUGCCCGCCUCCGAGAACAUCUUCCCGCAGGUGGCGCAGCUGAAGGGCUUCUCCCCCGUGUGGACUCGCUGGUGGAUCUCCACCUUCUUGGGCCGAGGUUCCCGGGUGCGUUUGGAGCCCCUGGGCCCGGUCUACAGGCCGCACUGGGACUGCUGGCGGUGCCGGCGGACGCUGCACAUCUGGCUGAAGGACUGUCCGCAGCGGGAGCAGCUGUAGGGUUUCUCCUGCGUGUGCACGGUGCGGUGGCGCUUCAGGUGGCUGGAGGAGAUGAAGCUCUUGCCGCACAGCGAGCAGCGGUAGCGCCGCUCGCCCGUGUGGACCAGCAGGUGCACGCGCAGGUUGUUGGGCUGGGCGAAGCCCUUCCCGCAGUGGGGGCAGGCGUAGGGUCUCUCCCCCGUGUGCGCCCGCUGGUGCAGCUCCAGGGCCGCCGGCGAGGGGAAGACCCGCCGGCAGACGCCGCACGCCGCCGCCGCCUCGCCGGAGGCCGCCGCCCGGCACCGGUACGGCCUCCGUUGGCCCCCGGCGGGGGCGGAGUUAGCGGCGGCGGGGGGCAGCGGGGCGACCAUGUCGAAGGAGUUGGCGAAGGCGGCCAUUUCGUGGGCGCCGCCGGCGAAGAGCACGGCCGGGGGGGCGUCCAGGCC